AUGACGAACAGGACAGAACGCAUGUCAGCCACUUUAAGCGCUACGUACCACUCUCCAACCGGUGACAGGACUUUUUGCCAUAGUAUAGCAGUGCCGCAGUCCGACGAAGGGCAGACUCCUGAUACGCAAGCGAAGACCGAGUACUUAUCAUGCCUUAGAGCCUCGACCAAGGCACUGCAGGAAGAGGUCAAUGGGUUUCUGACGGACAAGAUGGAGGAAGAUAAUAAGUCUGGCGAGCGGGACAGUAAGAUCUCUAUCUCCAAGCGACAGCCAGACGACGAAGUAGAAGAGGAAAACUACGGUGACGAAGUUGCAGAAGACGAAAGCUGA